AGGACUUCUCAACAUUCUCUGCCUUCUCAGUUCUCACAUCUCCAAUAAGCAAAAACGCAAUAAUCACAAACCAGCUCCCCUACAAGAUCAUCUAGCAAUGGCAGAGAAGAACCAGAACCAAUACCAACCACCUGAAUCGAACGGCUAUAGCCGGAACGAUCAAGAAUCGCUUCAUACCAUGGAGGAUGAGGAGGCCAAGCACAAGAAGAGGAUGAAAUGGACGAUCGGCAUCAUCGCCUUCGUCAUCUUUCAGGUAAUCCAAGCUCUCUUCUUCGUCCUGGUCAUCAUGAAGUUCAAGUCCCCCAAGUUCAGGGUUGGUGACUUUGCCGUCCAGACUCUGAACGUCGGGACUCAGGCCUCCCCUUCGUUCGAUAUGAGCUUCGUUGCCCCUAUCCGAGUCAAGAACACCAACUGGGGUCCCUUUAAGUACGACGCCUCCACUGUUUACUUCACUUAUGGAGGUGUCCAGGUUGGACAAGCAAUCAUCCCCAAGAGCAAGGCCAACUUCAAGUCCACUAAGAAGAUUGAUAUGAACGUUUCUCUGCGCUCUGCUAAUUUGCCUGGCAAUAUUAAUUCGAAUCUUGGGAAUGAAUUGAGCUCUGGAGUUAUUACAUUGGCUAGUCAGGGUGAGCUUAAAGGAAAGAUUACAGUCAUGUUCAUGUUCAAGAAGAAGAAGACCUCACAAAUGAAUUGCACCAUGGCAAUCAAUACGGCAACGAAGGAAAUCCAAUUCGUGUCGUGUAAAUGAGGAUGCUGAGUGUGAUUCU